AUGUCAGAUAUCUUUACAACUUAUUCAUCAUGUGCAAUUGAUGAUCGGAAUGAUAAUGAUAGUCUAGAAGAAUUUUUAACAAAACUUGCUCGAUUUGGUAUUGAUCAAUGUUUACAUUUAGCUCAUCUAAUUGUUAACAAACAACGGUCAUCUGAAAAUUUUUCAACACUUGAUCAUAAGUAUAAAAUCUUCGAAGAUAAACAAAUUGAUUUAAAUAAUCUUUUGUUGGAAAUACAAACAUUACAAAAUGAAUUUUAUAAUAUAUUGUUAAUAAUAUCAUCAUCAAAUGAUGAAAAAAAACAAUUAUUAUUUAAUAAAUUACAAAAUUAUUUAUCAAAUUUUGUUGAAAUUAAUUUACGUUUUAAAUCAUAUGAAAUUUCUACGAAAGAAAUUCAUUUGAAUGAUUCAAAACAAUCAAUAAAUACAUUUGAAUUAUUAACAAAAAAAUUUGAUGAAAGUUUAUCAACAAUAUCUAGUUUAUCAAAUAAACCAUCAAUAAUACUAUCAUCUUCAUUCUUUUCAAAUGAUGAUAUUAAUAAUAAUAUUGAUAUAGGAAAAAAUUGGAAAUUUUCAAAUAUAAUUCAUACACGUUUUCAAAUGUCUUUAAUUGCAUCCAAUUCACAUAUGAUUAUAUGUUAUAAUAAUCAGAAUAAUUUUCUUCAUUUCAUUCGUAUUGAUGGUCAAUUUCAAGAAAAUAUUAAAUGGAAAUAUGAAUCUAUUAUUGAUAUUCAUUGGUGUUCAUUUAUGGAUCGAUAUAUAGCUGUAACACAUAAAUCGAUUUACAUUAUUGAAUAUAAUAAAUCAAAACUAUCAUCAUCAAAUUCAAUAAUUGUUGAAAAAGUUCUUGAGUUAGAAAAAUUUAAUUCUGCUCGAAUUACUUGUAAUGAAAAUAAGAUUUUACUUUAUACAAUUUAUCAACAAAAAAGUUCAAUUCAAAUUUAUGACAAGCAAUUCAAGAAAGGAAAAAUAUUUGAUAGUUUAAUCAACAAACAAUUACCGAUCAAUAGUCAUUCAUUUUGUUGUACGAACACAUUAAUUGGUUUAACAGAACAAGAUGAAAUACUUAUAUCGUAUUUUCCAUAUAUAACACCAAAAAAGGUUUCCUUACUUCUAUUUGAUAUUGAUACAUUUGAAUUACGUUAUACAAUCGAUUUAAAUAAUUGUUCAAAUAUAUAUACAAUGAAAUGUCUUGAAAAGUAUAAUGUAUUCUUUGGUCUUAGUGCUGAAAAAAAUUUAUGGAUUAUUAAAAUUAAUAAUAAUGAAACAGUACAAGUGGCAAAAAAAACUUUCUAUACGAAUCAAACAGAAAUGUGUAUUGUUAACAAUCAAGAUUUAUUAUUGAUCAAUGUUAAUGGUGGUUAUGCUAUUCAAUGGAUCAAAUAUCGUAAAAUAAAACAGUAG